UCAGAGACAGAAAAAAAGGCACCUGAAUGCCCUGCGGAGGAGCAGGAAAACCUUCUGUCAAGCUCGCCUUCCUCUCCUAUGCUCCAACUAGUCCCCAGCUAAGGGUGUCCUGGUGCCCACCAGCAACUGCAGCCUGGCCACACACACCUGUGUGCAGUGACCCAUGUGAGGAGCCUUCCCCACACCAGGAAGAGUGCCACGUCCACCUCCUGUUCUCCUCCUCACAGCCACCCCUCCCCACUGGUGUGGCAGUGCAUGGCAUGGCCAGUGGCUGGGGCCUGAGGGCAGGGGCAUGGACAUCAUCCCAGGCACAUGGAAUGCAUCCUUUGGGGCACCGGGCACCGGGAGCGGGUCCCUGUCUGGCCCCUGGUACAGCACACACAAGACUCAACUCUUGGGAGUUUUACUUGCUGCUGCUUCAAAUUUUCUUAUCAGUGUCUCUUUGAAUAUACAGAAAUGCGCUCAUCUCCGACUGGUUUGCCGAGCAGAGCAGAAGCCCUACUACACGAGCAAGCUCUGGUGGUGUGGGGUUACCCUCCUGGGGCUUGGAGAGCUGGGCAAUUUCACAGCCUAUGGAUUCGCCCCCAUUACUCUUGUCGCUCCACUGGGAUGUGUUUCUGUUAUAGGUAGUGCAUUUAUUUCUGUCUUUUUCCUAAAGAAGACCAUGAGGACUGCUGAUAUAUUGGGAGGAGCACUGACAAUAACAGGGACAUACUUGUUGGUGACAUUCGCUCCAAUUGUACCUCAAGAGCUCACAGCAAGACAAGUGCAGAAUUACUUAGUGAGCUGGCCUUUUUUGGCAUAUUCAAUUUUAGAAAUUAUAAUAUUCUGCAUUCUCCUCUAUUUUUACAAAAGAAAGGCUGUGAAACACAUUGUGGUUUUGUUAAUGAUGGUAGCUCUACUGGCAUCACUGACUGUCAUUGCUGUUAAAGCUGUGUCCAGCAUGAUAGCACUUUCUGUGAAGGGGAAAAUGCAGCUAACCUACUCCGUUUUCUAUGUCAUGAGUGUUUUAAUGGCAACUUCUUGUGCUUUCCAAAUCAAGUUCUUGAAUCAAGCAAUGCAUCUGCAUGAAGCAACAGCAGUUGUCCCCAUUAAUUUUGUGCUCUCCACCUCCAGUGCCAUCAUUUCAGGAGUCAUAUUUUAUCGGGAAUUCCAAGGUGCAGCUUUACUGAGUGUGUUCAUGUUUCUGUUCGGGUGUCUCCUAUCUUCCCUUGGUGUGAUUAUAAUUGCAAGAAAUAAAACAGAGAAGCAUUUACAGUUUCCUUUUAUUGACUGUGGACAUAUUCCUGGACAAAAACUGACAGGCAAAAUACAACCAGGUUCUCACAGUUCAUGCUAUGGCACACUGAAUAAGGAAGAUGACUCAGUGAAAAGGCAAAGCUGAAAGAAGAAAGUACUUCACGUGCCAAUUAACAAGAGGAACACCACUGGAACAAGGAGCAGUAGCACAUUUUUAUUGAGCAUGUUCAAGUAUACAUUGAACUUCUUUAUGCUGAUGAGUCAUAGUAUUAUUUAAUACUAAUUUAUUUAUCCCAUGAUUGUACCAAAUGUGAUCUAAAGAUAAAGGAAGCCUUAACAGAAACCAAAUAACCAUUAAUGAAAUGAAAUAAUCUCCUAGUAUCAAGGCCUCUUGAGGACA